AAUUUCUCCAACCCCAAAUGUGCUAUCAGAUCCUCAUUCCUUUCUCUCCCCCAACACUUCCGUGCUAAUAUCAUUCAGGUUACAUAUAUAUCGAAGAUUCUUACGCGAUGGCUAAUGCGAACAUCUCUAGCACCGAACUCAACGUAAAGCAAGGAGAACCAACCCGAGUUCAUCCUUCGGAGGAAACACCAAAGGGACCCUACUUCCUUUCAAACCUUGACCAGAACAUAGCUGUUCCUGUGUGCACGGUUUAUUGCUUCAAAUCUGGUUCGAGGGGGAACGAGGAUGCUGCGCGAGUUAUCAAGGAUGCGUUGUCGAAGAUUCUUGUCCCGUAUUACCCCAUGGCGGGCACGUUGGUUAUAAGCUCAGAAGGGAAACUGAUAGUGGAAAACCCAGGUGAAGGUGCGGUGUUCGUUGAGGCUGAAGCAAAUUGUGACAUAGACGUUAUAGGGGACUUGACAAAACCACAUCCUCAUAUUCUUGGCAAACUGGUUUACAAUGCCCCUGGUGCUCCAAACAUUCUUGAGAUGCCUCUUAUGACUGUUCAGGUGACAAAGUUCAAAUGCGGAGGAUUUACAUUGGGGCUAUGCAUGAACCACUGCAUGAAAGAUGGACUCUGCGCCAUGGAGUUUGUCAAUGCAUGGAGCGACACAGCUCGAGGUUUGGACUUAAAGAUUCCACCGGUUCUCGAUCGAACCAUACUCAAAGCACGUGACCCUCCAAAAAUACAGUUCCAACACAACGAAUUUGCCGAAAUAAAAGACGUAUCAAACACUCAAAAGCUCUACGAAGAAGAAAACAUGCUCUACAAGUCCUUCUUCUUCGACCCCAACAAGCUUGACAUGCUCAAGAAAAAGGCCACAGAAGAUGGGGCUUUGAAAAAGUGCUCCACUUUCGAAGCGCUUUCAGGUUUUGUAUGGAGGGCUCGAACCGCAGCACUAGGGAUGCAACAUGAUCAAGAAACGAAGCUUCUCUUUGCGGUUGAUGGAAGGAAAAGAUUCGUGCCUCCAAUUCCUGAAGGGUACUUCGGCAAUGCUAUUGUGUUGACAAAUUCGUUGUGUAAGGCAGGGGAGUUAUUGAAGAACCCUUUGUCUUUUUCUGUGGGAUUGGUUCGUAAGGCUAUUGAGAUGGUCACUGAUGGUUAUAUGAGAUCUGCUAUUGACUAUUUUGAAGUCACAAGAGAAAGGCCUUCUCUAACAGCCACUCUUUUGAUCACAACUUGGACUAAGUUGUCUUUUCACACCACGGAUUUUGGGUGGGGAGAGCCUCUUUGUUCUGGUCCUGUCACCUUGCCGGAGAAAGAGGUUGUUUUGUUCUUGUCACAUGGUAAAGAAAGGAAGAGCAUAAAUGUUCUUCUGGGGUUGCCUAGUUCUGCCAUGGAAAUUUUUGAAGCACUGGUGAUGCAGGUUUGAAGGGUGCCAAAGGGUUAUAAUGUGUAGUAUUGGUCGGGUGAAAUUAAAAAGACAUAAUAAAUAAAUUAAUGUGGCUAUUGAAGUGCCUCCUCAAAUUUGUAAUGAAGGUAUUUUGAUUGUAUGUGUCAUGGAAUCAAUGUGAAGGGGCAUUUUUUA